AUGGUCUUCACGAUGCAUUCCCACUCCGGGCAGUUCUGCCCGGGCCACGCCAAGGACCAGCUCGAGGACAUCGUCAAGCACGCCAUCUCCAUCGGCUACACCACCAUGGCCCUGACCGAGCACAUGCCGCGCUACGAAGAGCAGGAUCUCUACCCCGAAGAGGUCCGCCGCCUGUCCACCCGUCUGCCUGCUCAAUCAACCCCCCAACUGACUCCAGGGCUGGUCGACGAUCCCAACGCCCUCGCCGUCCUCCCCCCGCGCCACGAGGCCUACCUCGUCGAGGCCCAGCGCCUCCAGGCCCUCUACGCCCCGCAGAUCCACAUCCUCAUCGGCUUCGAGGGCGAGUUCAUCCGCCCGGCCUUCACGGCCUACGUCCAGAACCUGACCAGCCCCGCCGCCAUCGACUUCUUCAUCGGCUCCGUCCACCACGUCCACGGCGUCCCCAUCGACUUCGACCACACGUACUACGCCGCCGCCGUCGCCGCCGCGUCCCCGCCGACCGAGGAGCAGCUGUACGAGGACUACUACGACCUGCAGCACGAGAUGCUCAGGUCGCUGCGGCCGCGCGUGGUGGGCCACUUCGACCUCAUCCGCCUGAUGAGCGAGCAGCCGGGGCGGGACGUCAGGAGCUGGCCGGGCGUCUGGGCCAAGAUCGUGAGGAACCUGAAGCUGGCGAGGGAGGUUGGCGCGUGGCUGGAGUGUAACAGCUCCGCGCUGAGGAAGGGCCUGGACGAGCCGUACCCUUGCCGGGCGAUCGCUGAGGAGUGGAUCAGGAUAGGUGGCAAGUUCACCAUGUCUGACGACAGCCACGGCAUCGCGCAGGUAGCGACAAAUUACUCCCGCGCGCUCGCGUACCUGAACAGCCUCGACGUCAAGGAGGUCUGGACGCUCCGCCGGGCGCCUCACCCCGGCACCAGCGGCGACGCAAAGAGCAAGUUGGAGGACGUCAGUGUUCCGCUGACUGCGUUCCAGCAAGCUUUCCCGUUCUCAUAG